AUGAUAAUAAUUGUGUACCUUCAUACUCAGGUUAAUCCUCGUCACACCGUACCUACACUGGUCGAUCGAGAUGUGUCGCUGUGCGACAGUCAUGCAAUAAUCACCUAUAUGGUCAAUCAAUAUGGCCAGAGUCAACACAAACAUUUAUAUCCGAAAGAUUUUAUCAAACGUGCCAUAGUUGACGAGCGACUCUACUAUGAGAACGGGGUGCUUUUUCACGUAAUCAAAGAUUUUGUGAACCGCAUAAUGCGUGAUGGCGACAUAGAGUAUCAUCGUAAAAGCAUAGAACUGUGCCAUAAUGCCUAUGAGAUUCUAGAAGCAUUUCUGUCACGCAGCAGAUACGUGGCUGGCGAGCAAUUAAGUUUAGCUGAUAUAUCCAUAAAUACUACAUUGAUUUCUUUGGAUAAGUUGGUGACGGUAGAAGAGAAAAGAUAUGCAAAAAUUUGCGCAUGGAUGCAGCGUAUGCGGGAGGAGUUACCCGGCUAUGAGGAGAUCAACGAAAAAGGUGCACAGCAACUAUAUCUACGUUUCCAAACUUGCUUAGAGGAGAAUAUGACGAAGCAUAUGUAA